AUGGGCAAUUGCUUCGGCUCCGACGAGGCCGAUGUGGCGGCCGUCAAGGCCAUGGCCCAUCAAGCACACGCCCGAGCAGCGAUGGCGAGGCCCGGCAUGGUCGCGCCGCACCCCAACGCGCACGCAGCAAUGAGCUCCCCAGGGCAUGCCCGUAAUCCACCGAGCGUCAGCGUGCCCACGACCUCGAGCAGCGGCGGCGUAAGCGGAUCAAGCAACCGGCCAGCGGCCGGAGCCAGCCCCAGUCGGGGCAGCCCUAGCCCCAGCCCCAGCCCUAGCCGGGAGGGGCGGAUCCUGGAGACGCCCAACCUCCGGAUCUUCACGUUCGCGGAGCUCAAGGCCGCCACGCGGAACUUCAAGUCGGACACCCUCCUCGGCGAGGGCGGGUUCGGGCGGGUGCACAAGGGCUGGGUCGACGAGAAGACCAUGAGCCCCGCCAGGAGCGGCGCCGGCAUGCCCGUCGCCGUGAAGAAGCUCAACCCCGAGAGCCUGCAGGGCGUCCAGGAAUGGCAGACCGAGGUGAACUUUCUAGGAAGGCUCGUUCACCCCAAUCUGGUGAGGCUGCUUGGGUACUGCUGGGAGGAGAAGGAGCUCCUGCUUGUCUACGAGUACAUGGCCAAAGGCAACCUGGAGGAUCACCUCCUGCGAAAUGAGCCACGGAAAGGCGGAGGCGCGUCCCAGGCGAUGUCGUGGAGCCUCCGGCUGCGCGUGGCGAUCGACGCCGCUCGCGGCCUGGCCUUCCUGCACUCGUCGGAGAAGCACGUCAUCUACAGGGACUUCAAAGCCUCCAACAUCCUCCUCGACACGCAAUUUCACGCGAAGCUCUCCGACUUCGGCCUCGCCAAGGACGGCCCCGCGGGCGGCAGCAGCCACGUCACCACCCGGGUCAUGGGCACCUACGGCUACGCCGCGCCGGAGUACGUCGCCACAGGCCACCUGUACGUGAAGAGCGACGUGUACGGCUUCGGGGUGGUGCUGCUGGAGAUGCUGACGGGCCUGCGCGCGCUGGACACGGACCGGCCUGCGGGGCAGCACAACCUGGUGGACUGGGCCAAGCCGCACCUGGCGGACAGGCGGAAGCUAGCGCGGCUCAUGGACCCGCGCCUCGAGGGCCAGUACUCCUCCAGGGGUGCGCAGCGGGCGGCGCAGCUCACCCUGCGGUGCCUCGCCGCCGAGCACACCAACCGCCCCUCCAUGAAGGAGGUCGUCGCGGUGCUCCAGGAGGUCGACUCCAUGUCCAGGGGCGCCGGCGGCAGGUCGGACGGGUCCGUCGGAUCGGCGUCCCCGCGGCCCGCCGCACGGAGCGGCCACGGUUACGGAGGACAGUCGCCACGGCCAGGGUUUGGGCCGGGGUCGGAACGGGCUGGCCCGGCCGGUCCCCGACGGCCACCGAUCUCCUAG